AUGAAUAAUCUUGAUUUUGUACAAGAAGUUGAUGCACCAACCAUUAAAUUACUUGUAUUAUUGAAGGAGCUUUAAGAAGAUUUAAACUAUUUAAACGAUGAUGAGCUAAUCUAAAACAAUCAAAAAGUGAAUAUUGAGGAUCCGUUUAAUUUUUUAGAUCUCAAAGGUUGUACAGCACAAUAAGAAUAUUCAAAUGAAUACAUUUAACCAUCUAGAAAUUAACAGGUUCAAAAAAUAAUAACAAAGAAAAAUAAUUAAAUUGUUUACAAUCAUUAAAAGUCUUACAAGUGUGGAUAUUGUGAUAAAAUAUAUAUAUAAUCCUAAUAAUUAGGUGGGCAUAUUUCAAGAAUACAUAAAAAAACAGAGAAUUAAUAAUCUUUGGCUAGUAGUUUCUAACUUAAAGAAGAUAAUUAAAUUUAGUAGUUAGAAUUUGAUUUUAAUUGA